GAAGGAGUUGUUUAUAGAGGAGAAAGUUUAACUUUCAACCAAUUCGAGUUGACAUUCACCUAACUCAUUAAUCAGACUUAAACCUCUUUCUAUCUACCCAUUAAUCACACCUCAGACAACCAGCCAGAUUCACAAUGAAUAUAUUGCAGAGAAAAGAGAUUCACAAUCAAUAUAUUGCAGACAUUAAUCAGUUUCUAUCUAACCAUUAAUCACACCUAACCACAGUUAUUUUUUCAAACUAGCAAUCAAUUUACGAGAGCAAAUUUUAUUUUUUACCUGUACGCCAAUUGUAGACCUCUGCGUUGAAGAACCUUCAGGUUUCUUCGUGUAGCUUCAUUCGUUCAUCUAAAGAAACAAAGACAAAGAGACAGAACAAAAAGAAUCAGUGAUGAUCGAUCUUAAAAUCACCAGACAUAAUCAACAUAAUAAACAGAGACACGGACUUAAACAAACACAAGAGACAUCAUCAUCUGUACAAUCACGAGCGGAGACAUAAAAGGACAAAUACAUAGCUUUACCUUUUUCGAUUUGAUUUCCUCGAUGCUAGUCACGGGCCGGAGAGCUUCGACGACUGAGAAAGACACGCAGAGUCAUCGAGGAGAACAAGAGAGAUAAGCGGAGUCGUCGAGGAUGGCUAGAGAGACGUGGAGGCGUCGACGAGACCAAGAGAGAGAGAGUCGGAGUCGUGGAGGAUCGCGAGACUGGAGUGUCAAUCGUCGGCGAGACCGAUAGCAAAGCCGAGCCGUCGAGGAUCGCAAGAGAGACGACUCGUCGAUGAGACCGACAGAGACGACGACUCGUCGAGGAGACCGAGAGAGAAGCAGAGUCGCCGACGAGAACGACGGAGACGACGACUCGUCGAGGAGACCGAAAGAGAAGCAGAGUCGCCGACGACACUGUCGAGGAGAGAUCAGCGCCGAGGAGAGAUCACCAGAGAGUUUCGAUAUCGUCGAGGAUUCGGGAGAGAAAGAGAGAAGAUGAUCCGUCAAGAGAGAGAGAGAGAACGAUGCAAUUGUGACGCGUGUCCCAUAAAACCGUCUCCUCUUUUGCUUAAUUAAGCGACGUUUCUACCUAAUUAAUACAUUUUUCUUUUUUUUUUAAAUCCAAAAACACCUAAAGACGCUGCUUAGAGACCGCGAUAUUAAUGCUCUGAUCCAUUUGUCAUGAUAAACUCAAAGUGGGACCCAUCUUGUGUCUGCACGUUAACGAAAAUCGAACGGCGAUGUAGUAAUCUCUCUCCCUCUAUAUAUACAAACGCACACACAAGUAGCAGAGCUUCAUACCUCUAAAUGUGAAAAUACUCAAAACAUAAAAGAAGAAAGUUCAACGAAAUAUCAAAUGGGUAUCCAAGAACUUGACCCGUUAACCCAACUAAGCUUACCACCGGGUUUCCGGUUUUACCCAACGGACGAAGAGCUGAUGGUUGAAUAUCUAUGCCGGAAAGCAGCCGGUCACGACUUCUCUCUUCAGCUCAUCGCCGAGAUCGAUCUAUACAAAUUCGACGCGUGGAUUUUACCAAGUAAGGCGUUAUUCGGGGAAAAAGACUGGUAUUUCUUCAGCCCGAGAGAUAGGAAGUAUCCAAACGGGUCGAGACCUAACCGGUGUGCCGGGUCGGGCUACUGGAAAGCCACCGGAACGGAUAAGGUUAUAUCAACGGAGGGAAGAAGAGUAGGUGUCAAGAAAGCUUUGGUGUUUUACGUUGGAAAAGCACCAAAAGGGACCAAGACUAAUUGGAUCAUGCAUGAGUACCGUCUCAUCGAACCCUCUCGUAGAAAUGGAAGCACCAAGCUUGAUGAUUGGGUUUUAUGCCGAAUAUACAAGAAGCAAUCAAGCGCACAAAAGGAUGUUUAGAAUAGUAAUUUAAUGACCAGAGAAUACAGCCAUAAUGGUUCGUCGACGUCAUAUUCGUCUCAAUACGCUGACGUUUUCGAAGAUAAAACCGGGUUUCUUAAUUUAGUCAGGGAGCCAAGCUUUGACUGGGUGAAUUCUACUGGACACAACUCGGUUCCGGAACUCGGAUUGCGUCAUAACGUUCCAAGUCUCCGUUACGACGACCUUGGUGGCUAUCUUCACGGUGUGAAGACAAGCGAAGAAGGCAAUAAGACGCAUGAACAAGCUGAGGUGAUUCCUCGGUUUAAUAACUCGGGCGUGUUGUCUUAUGAUCAGGGAUCCAGUGUUGAUCCGGUAAACGGAUUCGGACACUCGGGUCAACAACCUAGUGGAUUCGGUUUUAUGUGAUUGUGUGACGUAAUAAAAUAGUAAAGAUAGUUUAAUGUGAGUCAGAUUAAUUAAUCAGCUAAUAUAAUAUAGAAAAUUGGAAUUCUUUGGGGUUAGGCGUGCGUUCCACUUGUAUAUUCGUCAUCAUUUGUCCUCAAAGAUACAUUUUUUGCAAACUUUCCAGCUGGAUUUUCAUU